AUGCCGCCGUCCGGGGGCUUCGCGCAGCGUGGCCGGCGGUCGAACGGCGGCGCCGGCGACGAAGCGGAACGGGCGAGGCGUAUAAUGAGCACGUGGGAUCCCCAUGUGGUCUGGAUUAACGAUACGACGUUCAGGGUCGAGAGCGAGGGUUUGGACGUCGACGACGAAGCGAUCGGGGAUUUUGUUUGGUUUUUGGAGAGACAGGUGGAGGAGUGGCACGGGAGUAGCCCGCCGCGCUUGCUUGCAUCUACUUUGAAUUUUUCGAAGAAUCGCAUCUCGGACGCUGGAGCCUGCUCCCUGAUGGCUGUCUGCAGGCGGUGCAACAUUAGCGUGGAGAGGCUGAAGUUCUUCAGGAACCUGAUCGGCGACGCUGGCGCGGAGGCCAUCGGACAGUACCUGGCCGCCGCGCACAGGGCUGUCCAGGAGGUUCACUUGAGCCACAAUCGCAUUUCGGAGCGGGGCGCGCGGGCCUUUCUUGCCGCGCUGUCAGAGUCUCAGAAGUACCCGUUCCCCACGGAGGGCUCCAAGAGUGGCGCGCGCAUGCCGCUGUGGCUCCGGAUGGAGUACAACCGCAUAGACUGGGCAAGUGUGACUCCGGUCUUCUUCAGCGAGCGGAACAUCAGCUGGUGCACGGCAGGCUCGAAGGAUGGGUGGCGGCGGGUGAACGGGAGCCCACCCGCGGUGUGCAUGCACACCUCCCACCUCAGGCAGGACGAGGCCCCCCAGGAGGAGGCAGACCCGCCUCGCCCUGAGCUCGACGAUGCUCGACCUGCCUCGUCCUCCUCGGAGGCAGAGAAGGCCCGCCCCAGCGGGGAAGACGCGGCGCUGGCCGCGGACAGCGCCGGCCCUGGCCGUGGGCUCCUGGACGUGCUGCAAAGGGUGGCCCCGGCGGCGAGCGUGCAGCACGCCGUUGGCGCGGGCGCGGACGCCGCGGCCCACCCGCGAGCGGCGCAGCGGCCGCAGCAGCGGUCGCCCGCGCUGCAGUUCUCGCAGGCGCCCAUCGGCAGCGACAGCAGCGCGCGGCAGUGGCACCUCGAGCGGGCGGCGAGCCACCCGCCGCUCCAGCCUGGGGGCCGCGCCGCCGUGGAGCAGGCGCUGGAGGUGCUGGAGGCGCUGCCGGACGUCGGCGACGCCGAGGUGUACUGGCGGUGGCGAGAGCGCGUGGAGUCGGCGGAGGAGCCGCUGACGGAGGCGCGCCGCAUCGGGGAGCUGGUGCGGCACCUAGUGCGCAGGCGCUUCGUGCUCGACGGGGCCGCAGAGGCCGCCGCCUCGAAGGCGCACCCCGCCCGCGGCGCCGCCGUCGGGCGGGGCGGCCGCCAGGGCGCCAAGCGGGACGGGGCCAGGCCGCACGAGGAGGAGGGCCGCGCCAGGCUCGACCAGCUCGCGCAGGCCUUGGGCGGCGUCAUGCUGAUGUCGCUGCUGGUCCAUGCGCCCUCCGACGCGGAGGCGCAGCUCGGCGCGCCCGCCGAGGGCGCCGUGCGGGCUUCCGCGGGGCUGGUGGACGCGCUGCCCGGGCCCGACAGCGCCUCGGAGGCGAGGGCAGCGAAGGGGGCCCCCCCCUCGUCGGCGCGGGCCGACUCCUGCGCCGCGCCGGUGCCCAGCCUGGCGCCCUCGCGGGAGGAGGCCUCGCCGUCGAGGGGCGCAGUGCCCCAGGCCGCAGAGGUCAAGAGCAAGAAGGGCAAGAACAAGAUCGGCGCUGCCCCUGCGCCCGGCCCGAGCGAGACGGCGACCACUGCUUCCUCCACCCCGGCCGGCACCAGCGUGCCGACGGGCUCCGCGGGGCGGUCGCGGGAGCCGUCGUCGCCCGCGGGCCCGCCCGCGGAGGCCACGUGGCCCGCCGUGUACCAGUGA